AUGGCGCAGGUACCUUCGGGAACAGACGCAACCCAGCGGAUUUUCCAUGACCUUAAGUCCAAGCAUGAAGAAACACGCUCCCGUGCUUCCUUCGAGCUCCAUGAGAAUGUUGCCGUUGCCUCUAGAGAGCUACCACCGGACAAGUUCAUCGAAUACUACAAUGCGGUAUCCCAGCGUAUCGCUCAACUUGUUGUUACUGGCAAUGACGUAAACGAGAAGAUCGGUGGCCUCCUGGCCCUCGACAGGUUGAUAGAUUUUGAUGGCGUAGAUGCUGCUCAAAAAACGACACGAUUUGCAAGCUAUCUGCGGAGUGCACUUCGCAGCAACGACAGCACCGUCCUAGUCUAUGCUGCGCGUUCACUUGGCCGUCUGGCCAAACCCGGCGGUGCAUUGACGGCAGAAUUGGUAGAAAGCGAAAUACAAUCUGCUAUGGAAUGGCUGCAGUCAGAAAGGCAGGAAAACAGGCGUUUUGCUGCUGUUCUAGUGAUCCGGGAACUUGCGAAGGGUUCCCCCACUUUGCUCUACGGCUUUGUGCCGCAGAUAUUCGAGCUUAUCUGGGUGGCACUGCGUGACCAAAAGGUUCUGAUCAGAGAGACAUCUGCUCAGGCCGUUAGCGAAUGCUUCGAAAUUCUGGCUGCAAGAGAUUUCCAAGUCCGUCAACAGUGGUUUGGUCGGAUAUACGAAGAAUGUUUGCUAGGACUGAGAUCAAGCAAUGUAGAUUGGAUUCACGGCUCGCUUCUGACCUUGAGGGAGCUCCUGUUGAAGGGCGCUAUGUUCAUGAACGAGCAUUACCGAAAUGCCUGUGAAAUUGUCCUCCGCCUCAAGGAUCACCGUGAGCCGAAGAUUCGAAUACAAAUUGUCCUUACCAUCCCGAUUCUCGCAUCUUAUGCACCUCUAGAAUUCACCAACAUAUAUUUACACAGAUUUAUGAUAUAUCUACAGGCGCAACUAAAGAGGGAGAAGGAGAGAAAUGCUGCCUUCAUUGCCAUCGGGAAAAUCGCGAAUGCCGUUGGAAAUUCUAUUGCGCAGUUUCUUGAUGGGAUUAUUGUCUAUAUCCGGGAAGGACUGACAUUGAAAGCUCGUAACCGUGCUGCGGUCGAUGAAGGUCCGAUGUUUGAGUGCAUAAGCAUGCUGUCUUUAGCUGUUGGACAAACCCUCAGCAAAUACAUGGAAGCCUUAUUGGAUCCAAUCUUUGCGUGCGGUCUGAGCGAAUCUCUCACACAGGCUUUGGUAGAUAUGGCGCAUUAUAUCCCUCCCAUUAAGGCAACGAUUCAAGAAAAACUGCUUGAUAUGUUAAGCAUAGUCCUAUGUGGAACCCCAUUUAGGCCCCUUGGGUGUCCUGAAAACCGCCCUCCCCCAAUGCCCUCCUUUGCAAAGGAUUAUGGACCUUUCCUGCAAGAACCAACUGAUAACGAAAUCGCUCUUGCAUUACAUACGCUUGGCAGUUUUGAUUUCUCUGGGCAUAUUUUAAACGAAUUUGUCCGCGACGUUGCUAUUACAUUUGUCAAUAAUGACAACCCGGAAAUCCGUAAAGCGUCAGCCUUAACAUGUUGUCAACUAUUCGUCAGCGACCCAAUUCUUAAUCAAAAGAGCAGCCACUCCAUCCAGGUGGUUGGUGAGGUUGUCGACACUCUCCUCACUGUUGGUAUCGGAGACCCAGAUCCAGAUAUUCGACGAAUUGUCCUGGAGUCCUUGGAUAAGAAAUUUGACAGUCACUUGGCCAAACCUGAAAGUGUUCGAUGCCUUUUCCUGGCUGUGAACGAUGAAGUAUUUCCCGUUCGGGAAGCCGCAAUUAGUAUCAUCGGCCGCCUGUCCGGCGUCAAUCCAGCAUACGUUUUCCCUCCGUUAAGAAAACUGCUGGUGAACCUGUUGACUGGACUUAGCUUUGCUACCACAUCCCGACAAAAGGAAGAAAGCGCCCAGCUAAUUAGCCUGUUCGUUGCGAAUGCUACGAAGCUUGUUCGAUCGUAUGUUGACCCAAUGGUGACUGCUUUAUUUCCGAAAACGACAGAUCCCAAUCCAGGAGUAGCGGCGACAACUUUGAAGGCCAUCGGAGAGCUUGCAACAGUUGGGGGAGAGGAUAUGAGGCAAUAUUUACCGCAACUCAUGCCCAUUAUCCUGGAUGCACUUCAGGAUCUAUCGUGUCAAUCCAAAAGAGAAGCAGCGCUACGAACCCUGGGGCAGCUUGCAAGUAACGCAGGAUAUGUCAUCGAGCCCUACCUUGAAUAUCCCCACCUUCUUGCUGUUCUUAUCAAUAUUGUUAAAACUGAACAAACUGGGUCUCUUAGGAAAGAGACCAUAAAGCUGCUAGGUAUUAUCGGUGCUUUGGAUCCGUAUAAACACCAGCAAAUAAGUGAAUCUGUACCAGAUAUACAUCAUAUCAAUGAAGUCCAGCGGGUAUCAGACGUGUCCCUUAUUAUGCAAGGCCUCACGCCCUCUAACGAAGAGUACUAUCCCACCAUUGUUAUCAACACCCUGCUUCAAAAUAUCCUCAACGAGAGUUCUCUCGCCCAAUAUCACUCAGCCGUUAUCGAUGCUAUUGUGACGAUAUUCAAGACCCUGGGAUUGAAGUGUGUUCCGUUCCUGGGGCAAAUUAUCCCUGCCUUCGUAUUAGUUAUUAGGAGUACUCCGACUAGUCGUCUUGAAUCUUACUUCAACCAACUAGCAAUCCUAGUGACCAUCGUGAGGCAACACAUCCGUGCCUUCCUGCCAGAAAUAAUCGAGGUCAUUCGUGAAUUCUGGGAUUCCUCUUACCAAGUCCAAGCGACGAUAUUGUCACUAAUCGAGGCAAUUGCAAAGUCACUGGAGGGGGAAUUCAAGAAAUACUUGGCUGGCCUGAUCCCACUUAUGCUUGACACGUUAGAUAAGGAUAUCACACCAAGACGUCAACCCUCAGAAAGAAUUUUGCACACAUUUCUUAUAUUUGGCUCUAGUGGAGAGGAAUACAUGCAUUUGAUCGCCCCGGCUAUUGUUCGCUUAUUUGAUAAAACCCAGAGUCCGUCCGGAAUUCGAAAGUCCGCCAUUGAAACUCUGGGGAAACUCUCUCGCCAGGUUAAUGUAUCUGACUUCUCGUCUCUUAUGAUACAUCCCCUGUCAAGGGUGAUCGCAGGCACCGAUCGUACCCUCCGGCAGGCGGCGCUGGAUUGUAUCUGCACGCUCAUAUUCCAACUCGGCCAGGACUUCAACAACUAUAUCCAACUUAUCAACAAGACCAUUUCAGCCCACCAAAUCAGUCAUCACAAUUAUCAAAUUCUCGUUUCGAAACUACAGAAAGGAGAUCCUUUGCCUCAGGAUCUGAACCCGGAUGAGCACUAUAGCACCCUUGGCGAUGAUUCUACGUUCGCUGAUGUCGGUCAGAAGAAGAUCCUAGUUAAUCAGCAGCAUUUGAAGAAUGCAUGGGACGCGUCUCAAAAAUCGACACGAGAGGAUUGGCAAGAGUGGAUUCGACGAUUCAGUGUUGAGCUACUUAAAGAAUCGCCAUCUCACGCUCUUCGGGCGUGCGCCAGUUUAGCCGGAAUUUACCAGCCUCUUGCGAAAGAUCUUUUCAAUGCCGCUUUUGUCUCGUGCUGGACGGAACUGUAUGGCCAAUACCAGGAAGAGCUCGUUCGUUCAAUAGAUAUGGCCCUUACCUCACAGAAUAUCCCCCCCGAGAUCCUGCAGAUCCUCCUCAAUCUUGCAGAGUUUAUGGAACAUGACGACAAGGCGCUUCAUAUCGAUAUUCGAACCCUUGGUAAAUAUGCCGGUAAAUGCCACGCAUUUGCUAAAGCUCUUCAUUAUAAGGAAUUGGAAUUCGAACAAGACCAAAAUUCCGGCGCUGUGGAAGCCUUAAUCAGCAUCAAUAAUCAACUCCAGCAAUCAGAUGCUGCUAUUGGAAUACUUCGGAAGGCUCAGGCUUACAGAGAUGUUGAGUUAAAGGAAACAUGGUUUGUCAAAUUGCAGCGCUGGGAAGAAGCUCUUGCGGCGUAUAAGAGGCGCGAGCUGAUAGACCCAGAUUCAUUCGAUGUCACAAUGGGAAAGAUGAGGUGCUUGCAUGCCUUGGGUGAAUGGAAAAUGCUCUCCGAUCUUGCUCAGGAAAAGUGGAACCACGCCUCCAACGAACAUCGAAAGGCGAUGGCGCCUCUUGCAGCGGGAGCGGCAUGGGGUCGUGGUCAAUGGGAACUUAUGGAUUCGUAUAUUAGCGUGAUGAAAGAACAAACCCCGGACCGAUCAUUCUUUGGCGCCAUACUUGCUAUCCAUAACCGCAAGUUCGACGAAGCGGCAAUGUUCAUUGAAAAAGCGCGAAAUGGCCUAGAUACAGAGCUGUCUGCCUUACUGGGAGAGUCUUAUAACCGUGCCUACAAUGUCGUUGUCCGUGUCCAAAUGCUUGCAGAACUUGAGGAAAUCAUCAUAUAUAAGCAGAGUGAUGACGAUCCCGAAAAGCAAGAAGCUAUGAAAGAAACAUGGAAUAAGCGACUCCUAGGCUGUCAGCAAAAUGUUGAGGUAUGGCAGCGAAUGCUGAAAGUCAGAGCCUUGGUUAUAUCCCCUCGCGAAAAUCUCGAUAUGUGGAUAAAAUUUGCAAACUUGUGUCGCAAAUCAAAUCGCAUGGGUCUUGCAGACCGUUCUCUCAGCUCUUUAGAAGGUGGCGAACUCGGGACACCGCCGGAGGUUGCUUAUGCUCGACUGAAGUAUGAGUGGGCUGCUGGACGCCAAAAGGAGGCACUUCAGAUGCUAAGAGACUUUACUAUUGGGUUGACAGAAGAAUUCGCUAGAUACAAUGCUGCCCUUGUUGCUCAUAGCGAGCAUGCGCCUGCGGACAGACCUGGUCUCGUUAAUGGUAUUAGUGAUCAUCCGGAAUUAGCUCUCACACGCCAGCAUAUCGGUGAUGUAGGUAAGUUCCGACGAUUACUCGCAAAAAGUCAUCUUAAACAAGGCGAAUGGCAAACAGCGCUGCAGAGAGGUGAUUGGACUUCUGAGGGUGUACGUGAUGUUUUGAACUCGUAUUCAGCGGCAACACAAUAUAACCGCGAUUCAUACAAAGCAUGGCAUGCCUGGGCGCUGGCAAAUUUUGAAGUUGUGAACGCAUUGAGCACUCAAACGAAUAGGGAAACAGUUGUUCCCCAUCACAUUGUUCUCGAACAUGUCAUUCCCGCCAUUCGAGGAUUCUUCCGUUCCAUCGCUUUAUCGUCCACCAGUUCAUUGCAAGAUACUCUGAGGCUUCUCACGCUCUGGUUCACCCAUGGUGGUGAUGCCGAAGUUAGCGGCGUCGUAUCUGAAGGGUUCACUUCAGUUAUUGUUGAUACGUGGCUCGAGGUCACUCCACAACUUAUUGCACGCAUCAACCAACCAAAUGCCCGAGUCCGUGGAGCCGUCCAUCGAUUACUCGCAGAAGUCGGAAAAGCUCACCCACAAGCUCUGGUUUAUCCAUUGACUGUUGCAACGAUGUCCAACGUCGUCAGACGAUCUCAAUCAGCCUCUCAUAUUAUGGACAGCAUGAGGCAGCAUAGCCCGCGACUGGUUGAGCAGGCAGAAAUCGUCAGCCACGAAUUGAUUCGUGUCGCAGUCCUCUGGCAUGAGCUUUGGCAUGAGGGUUUAGAGGAAGCAUCUCGAUUAUAUUUUGGAGAUCACAAUGUCGAAGGCAUGUUCGCGACAUUAGCUCCUUUGCAUGACAUGCUUGACAAAGGUGCUGAGACGCUUAGAGAAGUGUCCUUUGCCCAAGCAUUUGGCCGUGACCUUGCAGAGGCCAAGCAUUUCUGUCUCCUCUAUCGCGAGUCAGGAGUAAUAGGUGACCUCAACCAAGCGUGGGAUCUCUACUACACUGUCUUCCGAAAGAUUGCGCGACAACUACCUCAGCUGCAGUCGCUUGAUUUGAAGUACGUCUCUCCCAAACUAAAAGACGCUGUCGAUCUCGAACUGGCUGUUCCUGGCACCUAUCAAAGUGGCAAGCCCGUCAUCAGAAUCAUGAGCUUUGAUCCAGUGUCCAUUGUUUUGCAGACGAAGAAGCGACCACGCAAGAUGACAUUGAAAGGUAGCGACGGAAAUUCUUAUAUGUAUGCUCUAAAGGGGCACGAAGAUAUCCGUCAGGAUGAGCGCGUUAUGCAACUUUUCGGACUAGUUAAUACGCUCCUUGAUCAUGAUAGUGAGAGUUUCAAGCGUCAUUUGACAAUUCAACGCUUCCCUGCUAUUCCGUUAUCACAGAACUCCGGUCUAAUUGGCUGGGUAUCAAACACGGAUACAUUGCAUGCUUUAAUCAAAGAGUACCGUGAAAGUCGCCGAAUUUUGCUUAAUAUUGAACAUCGUAUCAUGCUUCAGAUGGCUCCUGAUUAUGAUAACUUAACCCUCAUGCAAAAAGUUGAAGUAUUCGGAUAUGCCAUGGACAACACAACCGGAAAAGAUCUGUAUCGCGUCCUUUGGCUUAAGAGCAAGAGCUCUGAAUCGUGGCUAGAGAGACGAACAAACUACACCAGAUCCCUUGGUGUUAUGUCAAUGGUUGGAUAUAUCCUUGGUCUGGGUGAUCGCCAUCCGUCAAAUCUUCUACUUGAGCGGAUUACCGGCAAAAUCGUGCAUAUUGAUUUCGGUGACUGCUUUGAAAUCGCCAUGCAUCGUGAAAAAUACCCUGAACGCGUUCCAUUCCGUCUUACACGAAUGCUCACGUUCGCUAUGGAGGUUAGCAACAUUGAGGGCAGUUAUCACAUAACAUGUGAGGCUGUAAUGCGGGUGAUCCGAGAAAAUAAGGAGUCAUUGAUGGCCGUGUUAGAAGCCUUCAUCCACGAUCCACUCAUAAACUGGCGUCUGGGUGCUCGAGAAUCACCCGCGCGUCCGUCAUUUGCUGCUGACCGCCGCCAGUCCGUUGUCGAGGAAAUAAACAUGGAUCAUCCAAUGCAACCAAGCAAUUUCUCCCGUCGACGCCCAUCCAUUCUUGAAGGUGGCAUUCUAGAUGCGCAACAGGGUGUUCCCAACGAAGCCCGAGAAGUACAGAACGCCCGAGCGCUCCAGGUCCUUUCACGGGUCAAGGAAAAGUUAACAGGCCGCGAUUUUAAGUCAACGGAGGAGCUCAAUGUUUCGGACCAGGUGGACAAAUUGCUGGUCCAAGCUACGAGCGUGGAGAAUCUGUGUCAGCAUUAUAUUGGAUGGUGUAGUUUUUGGUGA